CGGGGAGCGAGCAGCUGACAGCAAAAUGGCGGCGGCGGCGGCCGGGCGGCGUGGCGGGGCGCUGGGUCGGCCACCGGCGCCUGUGUCCGUGUCCUUGCCGGUGGGGGACCUGCCGCCCGCCGGCGAGCUGGUGCGGCCCUCGGUGACAGAGCUGUCCCAAGUGAGGACCAACAUCCUGUGCACCGUGCCCGGCUGCGGCAAGGUCCUGCCCAACAGCCCGGCUCUCAACAUGCACCUCAGCAAGGCCCACCCGGUCCAGGAUGGAAAACUUAAUGCGCCAAUAAGGAAGAGUUUGAAAACACCUCAGAAAUUCUACUGCUGUCCUAUUGAAGGCUGCCCUAGAGGACCAAACAGACCAUUUUCCCAAUUUUCUCUGGUCAAACAGCACUUUAUGAAAAUGCAUGCUGAAAAGAAGCACAAAUGUGAUAAAUGUAGUAACUCCUAUGGUACAGAGUGGUAUUUGAAACGACAUAUAGAGGUCUGUGGCAAGACUUUCCAGUGUACUUGUGGGUGCCCUUAUGCCAGCAGAACAGCAUUACUGUCGCAUAUUUACAGAACUGGCCAUGAAAUUCCUGCAGAACACAGGGAUCCUCCUAGUAAGAAAAGGAAAAUGGAAACCUCUGUACAUAAUCAGCAGUUGGCAGAGAAAGCAAAUGAAGCGUUCAUCAACACACACAAUAAGAAUCCUGGCACUCAGGAAUUGGAGUCCUCUGAAGUGAAACUAGCAGCCUCUCUUGAAGGCUCCUGCAGUUCUAACCUCAUGAACCAAAUGCAGCCAAAAUGUACGCCGAAGAUGCUCUUACCAAAGCCUAAGGUGGCUUUGGUUAAACUUCCAGUGAUGCAGCUUGCUCACUUGCCUAUAUAUGUGUCUGCAGCAGACUCUUCUGUCAAACCUGCUGUAGUGGCUGUUGAUAAUCAAGGUUCACUUGUAAGUACUGUUCAUUUAUUGCCUCAGUCAAUAGGAAUUCUGAUUCCUGCACUGGAGGCAGAAACACUUGUGUUUAAAGACAGUAUGCCUGUUUCAAAAGUGACAAAUUCUGGUGAUCGUGAAUCCGUAAGUACCAGUUUACAAGUUGAGUUGGAUAAGGUUACAUUGAGUAACACAGGGCAGGAGAUGGGGAAUGUUUGUCACAAGAAUAAAAUUUCUUCAAUUAAUAUACAGACUGACUUAUCUUAUACUUCACAGAACUUUGUACCAGCUGCAACCUGGACUCCCAAUUCUUCUGUAUCCUCUUGCUCUCAGACAGAUCUGUCAUUCAGUUCACAGGUUUCGCGGCCCAUCAGUGUACAAACACAGACGCUGCUGCCUGCUUCCAAACUGACUUCAUCCAUAGCUGCCCAGACUGAUGCUUUUAGUCAGGUUUGUUUUCCAACAUGCGGCGUUUCUAGAGAGACUCAAACCAGUAGGACACAGGACUCUAUUGAUGGAAGGGUACAGAUGGACCAGGCUGUGAUGUGCAGUGACAUUUUUGACAAUGUUGAUUCAUCAUAUGUUUCUACUCACAUUGAACUUCCAGAAAACAACUUAAUGACUGCAAAUAUAGAUCAAACCUUGCUGCAAAGAAGUAAUUGCAAGAGCCUGAAUCAAGAUACGGUGAAGUCUGAAUCCCUUAUCAACUUCAGUACACAGCCUAAUAUACUUCCACCUCAAAAUACAAUGGAUAAUCAAACCCAGACAAUGGACUUGCUAAGUGAUCUGGAAAACAUCUUUUCAGGAAACAUGCCUGGCCAGACACUGGAUAAUCGUAGCCUUUUGUCUGAGACGAGUUCUAAUGCUGACACGCAUCUGCCAUCUGGUCCAUCACAGAGCACAGGAAUAGACUUUGACAUUGAAGAGUUCUUUUCAGCAUCCAAUAUUCAAACUCAGACUGAAGAGAGUGAUCUUGGUACUCUGAACCCUGAGCCAGUUUUGGAGUCACUGGACAUAGAAACUCAGACUGAUUUUUUAUUUUCAGAUAGUGCAACUCAAUCAUACAGCUGUCGAGGAAAUUCUAACUUCUUAGGUUUGGAGAUGUUUGAUACACAGACACAGACAGACUUGAAUUUCUUCUUGGACAGUAAUACCCAUCUGCCUUUAGGGAGUAUUCUGAAGCAGUCUAGUUUCUCCAUGAGUACUGACUCAUCCGAUACAGAAACACAGACAGAAGUAUACCAGGCUAUUAAAAAUACGCCUACACAGAAUAUUGAAAGCAAAGUCCGACUCAGUAGCACUGAAACACAGACUAUGGAUAGCUGCUUUGAGAAUCUAGGGAGUUUAUUCCUUACCAGUAAUGAGACACAGACGGCAAUGGAUGACUUUCUUCUGGCUGACUUGGCCUGGAACACGAUGGAGUCUCAGUUCAGUUCAGUAGAAACACAGACCUGUGAAGAGCUGUGCUCCUUGUUUCAGAGCUCUGACAAGCCCAGCCAUUGAGUGCUACUUAAUAUAACCAUUUCCUGUGGUUUGAAAUUAAGUUAUUGGGGUGGGAGAAGUGGCUUGACCAAGUCAUUCACUUUGGAUUAUUGAAUGUAGUUAUCGUGAGCAGUUGACCUAAGGCUUCUCGUGCUGAAGGUACUCUAUCAAAUAUGUAUAACUUGACAUAAACUGUGUGUGUGAAUGGAGGGCAAGGGGAAGCUGUAACAUAUUAAUGUACAUUUGAACCUUAGAAAAGAAUUCAUGGUGCCUGUGUUUUUUCCUGAAACUCCUUUACGGAGGUGAUACUGCUUUCAUUUAAACAGAACAACUUUUGAAGUUGCUCUGUAUAUGUAUGUAUCUCUCUCUACUCCUGGCUUA